UGCAUUCCCAUUUUUCUUCAAUUCAAUGGGGACAUGUUCUGUGGCCUGGCGCAAAUUCCUCCUGAGCUGAGUGUCGACAAUGCAUCCUCUCAGGAUUCUGUGCCCAGUUCAAAACUUUUCGGCCCUCUUCGAAUAGAUUUCGCCUCCUCCUCAUACAUUCGCAAAGCGAUUCCUCCCCGCUGCACAAACCUCAGUGACAUUCGCCAAAUAUUUACCGAGAAAUUGGUAAGCACGACGUACUAUUUUUCCAGUUAG